AUGCUGCAGGACCAGGCAGCAUUUCGGUCUGCUCGACAUAGAGUCUCAACGAGUUAUGAGUCAGAGUUCAUCCUGAGGCCAAGUAAAUUUGUGGGGAAAAUUGACUCAUUCCAGGAGUGGCCAGAUGCCUACGCAAAGCACGUCUACAGCGCAGAGAACAGGAACGCGCAGAAGCACCUGAGCAGCUGGGCCAUGCGCAACACCAACAACCACAACCCCCGCAUCCUCAAAAAGUCCUGCCUGGGUGUGGUGGUGUGCACCCGAAACUGCACCACCAUGGAAGGUCACAACAUCUACCUGCGCCCCGCAAUCUGUGACAAACUCCGGCAGAGCCAGCUAAAAAAACCCUGUCCCAACUGCAAUGGGCCUUUGCAGCUGAUUCCUUGCCGAGGCCACGGGGGCUACCCUGUCACCAACUUCUGGAGGCACGAUGGAUCCUUCAUCUUCUUCCAGUCAAAGGGAGAACAUGAUCACCCAAGGCCAGAAACCAAAGCCGAAACAGAAGCAAGAAGAAUGAAGAAGAAACUGUACAUGGCAUCACUUGCUUCCUCUCAGAACCAGAAGGGGGGCCUAGAGAAAGAAACCUCUCACCAGUGUCUUCCAGGUGGAACACAAAGUCAGCCAAGUUCACCUGUAAGUUGCUUUUUCCAGGAAAAUGUCCAAUUGCCUGGUAGUUAUGGUGGACCCUUCAUUCCCAACCCUCCUCAGGAGAGGCCACUGGAUGAUUGCUUACCCCUUUCCAAGCAUUAUGGUUUUGAGGGGACCUCUGAUCUGGCUGACGCUCCUUCCAGCUUGGGCCACACUGAACAAUUUGAGAAAUGCUUGUUGUCCAAUACCACAUUCUUCCAGAACACAGACAUGCUUCAGGAUUCUACUGCCAGACUCUACCUAGAUUACUAUGAUCUGUAUGCAAGGAGCACAAGAGGAGCCUUGGGAAGAAAUACUCCUAAUGACCAACACCGUCCUAGUUCUCUUCUUCUUCCUUCGAUCAGCUUGUCUUCUAACUCCGCUCCUUCCCCAAGCUCUUCAGAAUUCCAUUUCCAGCAGAUUCCUGUGCAACCAAGCGCAGCCCAAACUAGCUGUUACUCACUAUGGCCAAAUCCAGGGGCUGAUGUUUAUGAAGAGAAGGUGGACACAGAUUUUAACAGCAACUUCCCUUCCACUUCGUUCCAUGCACUCCAGGAAGACCCUUCCCUCGUCAGCUACCCCUCACACCCUCACCACCAAUAUUCUCUGCCAAGUACGAGCCACAAGGAUGAGGAAGAGAGACGUAUGAGUUCAGAUCAUCCCAACAGUGAAAUGUAUCUAAAUCUCUAUCCCUUAAGAUGA